AUUGCAACGCAUCCCUGACGUGGUUCCUCGGCGAGUGUCUGAAUUUUUGAGACGGGAUCGAAAAUAAAUCAAACCACCAACAAGUCAACCAUAAAACCCAAUAUUUAACUAUACCCCAUAAAAUAGACUAACCAAAUAAUUAUACAAGAUGUUGGACAGCUUGUUUGACGAUGUGAAACGCAUGAACAAGCGGCAGUUUAUCUACCAAGUGUUGAGCUUUGGUAUGAUAGUGUCCUCUGCGCUGAUGAUAUGGAAGGGUCUAAUGGUGGUGACUGGCAGCGAGAGUCCCAUAGUGGUGGUGUUGUCUGGUAGUAUGGAGCCCGCGUUCCACCGCGGAGAUCUCCUGUUCCUGACGAACUACCCGGAGGAGCCGGUGCGCGUGGGGGAGAUCGUCGUGUUCAAAGUCGAGGGGCGGGACAUUCCCAUCGUGCACAGAGUUUUAAAACUUCAUGAAAAGAACAAUGGCACAGUAAAGUUCUUGACUAAAGGAGACAACAAUAGUGUGGACGACCGGGGUCUGUACGCCCAGGGACAGCUCUGGCUGACCAAGAAGGAUGUUGUGGGCCGGGCGCGGGGCUUCCUACCAUAUGUUGGCAUGGUCACAAUAUACAUGAAUGAAUAUCCUAAAUUUAAGUUUGCUGUGCUGGCUUGUUUAGCAAUCUAUGUGCUAGUACACAGAGAAUGAAGAGCAAACAGUUUGUAUGAUUUAUAAGUGGAGGAUUAUCAUCAGUGCCGGAUGUAAUGGUUUUUAUUUAAUUCUGAAUAAAAAAGUUCUCUCUAGUGUUAUAAA